CGUGCGCUGGCUGAGAGUGAGGUGAUUAAAAAUGGAGAGCGGGUGUGUGAAUGAAUCAGGAGAUAAAGAGGACUAUGAAGUGUUUCUGGCGCUACACACUGCUGCUCUGAAGGCAGCUCGGAUUCCGCCGCUCUACUGGAAAAGUCUGCAUUAUAAACUUAAACAUGAGGUGUUUGAUGCCGGUGAGGUGUUCGGCGUCAUGCGCGUGCAACAGGAAGAUGAGGAAAGUGAUGAAGAUGUCCGACAAACGCUCAACCCUGGUGAUGAAGAAUUGUUUAAAGUGAUUAUAACUCGAGAAAGUGGCCUGCAAGCCUCUAAUCCAACCAGUGUAUACCUUGUGGAUCAUGCGUGGACGUAUCGAAUAGAAAGUGCCAGGCAGCAGCUGAUGGAGAUUCCUGGGCUGUUGGUCCGAAUGGCCAGUCUGAUGGGACUUCCUUUCCAUGGCGAGGCUCCUGAUCCUGACAUUCUGGACCUGGUGCUGGACAACAUGUGGACGUAUAAUCAAACCUAUCAGCUGUCUCAAGGGUCUGCAGAGGAGAAGGUUCCUGUCUGGUACAUAAUGGAUGAGUUUGGUUCGCGUGUGCAGCACUCGUCCCAGCCAUCCUGCUGCAUGGCUCCUCUGUUCUAUGCUCCUCAGCAGAUCGCGUAUUCUGUGCUCUGGCCUCUGCAGGAUCUGGAAAAUGGAGAUGAGGUGACGAGGGAUUACUGUUACGGUGAGCCUGAUUCACUGGUGAGGAAGUGUCGACUGUUACCAUGGAUACCCGCAGACCUGGAAGGAGUGAGCGACGAGACUGCAGAGCCUGCUGACGUUUAUUACGAGACCAUUUUGCAGGAGAACCAAGAGAAGCUCCCAGUAGAAGUCCAAGCUUGUACAGUGCCUGAGGGGAAGGUAUUAAAGGUAUAUACAGAGAUGAAGCAGGUUUUGGAUCAUCUGAAACAUCCGCGAUUCCAGUUCACCGAACAGGAAGAUGACGCUGAUGUCCUCUGGAUGUAUUCUCACAUCCGUGAUUAUAAGAAGUUGAGUGAGGAGCGACCUCACGUCCUGCUGAACCAGUUCCCCUGUGAGACAAUCUUAACGACAAAGGACUGCUUGGCAUCAGUGGCACGGAGAGCCAGACGAGGAGAAGGACAUGCACCGCUAUGGCUUCCCAUAACCUUCAAUCUUCAGACAGAGCUCCCGCAGUUCGUCAGGCAUUACCUACAGAGACAGGAGAGAGGAGAAGACAAUCACUGGAUCUGUAAGCCCUGGAACCUGGCAAGAGGUUUGGAUACACACAUCACUAACAACCUCAACUAUAUCAUUCGGCAGCGGGAGAGCACUCCGAAGGUCGUGUGUAAAUACCUGGAGGACCCCGUGUUGUUUGACCGAGAGGAAAUUGAUCUUGUGAAGUUUGACAUCCGUUACAUGGUGCUGCUGCGCUCAGUUCAGCCUCUGAGACUCUACGCUUACAACGUAUUCUGGCUUCGUUUUGCCAACAGGCCAUUCUCUCUGGAUCAUUUUGAUGAUUAUCAAAAGCACUACACUGUGAUGAACUAUGCUGAAGGUGUUCAGCUGAAACAGGUUCACUAUGAUGAGUUCAUUCCUAUGUUUGAAAAGCAGUAUAAAGAAUAUCCAUGGAAAGAUGUGGAGAGGGAUAUCUUCAAGGCAUUUGCGGAGCUCUUUCAGGCAGCAUCAUCCCGGCCUGGACCCUACGGCAUCUGCCCGUACCCAUCCUCCAGAGCGAUCUAUGCCAUCGACCUGAUGCUGAAAUGGGACCAGUCAGAAGGAGGAAAUCGAGUAAUGCAGCCUCAGAUUCUGGAGGUGAAUUUUAAUCCAGACUGUGCCCGGGCCUGCCUGUACCACCCCAGCUUCUAUGACCACAUGUUCCAGACGCUGUUUCUGGAUCAGGCUGAUCAGUGUCCUGUCACGCAGAUUGUUUAACGGAAGAUUGUUAUUGUUUUUAAAAUAAAUAAAGGUGAUGUGGUGCUUCAGUGUUUA